CACUUUCUGCACUGAUUCUGCAACGGACUCUGUUUUUUACAGACUUGCAAUCUCUCUGAAACCCUAAUAUUCAUCCAAUCCAUGGCUUCUCGAUGGAAUGGGACUCCCGUUUCGUUUUUCAUUUACUCUUCUCCUUCUCCUCAACCUCGAGAGGAAGAAGAACAAGAACAAAUUGAAAUUGAGAGUCCGAAGAGUGUUAUUCCCGAUUUGUUUUUCUCAUCUCGAGAACAACAGCAACAAAUUGGGAGUCCAUUUACUCCUGUCAAUGCCCCUAAAAUCAUGAAUCCUCGUUUGUCGAUCUCUGCUGAUCGGUUCCAGUUUCGGGUGCCUUCGACAACUGAUGAUGAUGUAGUGCUUCAGAAUCUUCUCCAUAUCAUUCACUACAUUAUCAAUAAGAAGAAAUCAUCAUCAUCAUCCUCAUCCCUCACACCCGCUCAGAAACUCUUCAACUCGCUCGAUCUUGUUCAGAAAAAGGUCACGCAGCAAUUGGAGAGAAUUAAGGAAACCCCCACUUUUCAGAUGGGGGUUAGAGAUGAGAAAAUUCGAACUUUGAUGUCUAUGCGCUGAUUCUUAUUCUUAUUACCCACACACCCACACACACUACAUAGUCUAGAUUAAGAAUGGUAGUUUGACAUUACAUUCAAUUGUGAAUACCUGGUUUGGUUUUUAUUUUCAAAAAGUUAUUAUAUUUUAGAAAUUAAUUUUGUGUGUUUAGGCAUGCUGAUAUUGACCUUAUUUUGUAGGUUCAGAAAAGUGCUUGUGACCUACGAAUCUUAGUAACUUCUUAUUUUUAGCAACAUGUGUUUUUGUAUGUUACCUUAAUGCACUCACAUGUACAAGUUGGUUGAUAUCUCAACAUUUAUAUCAAGUAUGGGAUUUAAAAUUUAUGAACUUGUGUUGUUUGGCUCCCCAAUAUGCCAUGAAUUCAACUCAUUUGUGACUUUACAUUCAUCUCAAGUUAUUUAGGAAUCUAAAGUGAGUUUUAUAUCUUGUUAUUGCUGGCUCUGGAUCUGGUUUCCUAACCCUUUAUGGGGCAGGUUGCACUGGCCAAUUUUGGACAUACCCAAUUCAAAGUGACCCAAACUUUGGACAUUGAUAAGUCUAGCUUGGUCUGCCCUUUUGAUUUCAGACUCAAACUGAUCAUCAAAAGUCUCAUCUUCAGUGCUUACGUUAUCUUUAUAUCACUCUCUUCAUCAACAAACUAAUGCUUAUUGGUUUUAUCUCCUUGCUGGUGCAAAUCAGUUAGCAGGCUUGUUUAGUCCAGUUUUCUUUGGUUGUUGUAUGUUUUCAUUGGUUAGUGAUCUUCUAUAAUUAAUUUGGCUCUAUUUAUCUUACAUGUGAAACUUAUUGAAUGUUUGACAGUUAUGCUCUGUAUUGACUAUCUAAUGGUAUGUUCAGCACUGAGGUGAGAGGCAGGGGGUUGGGGGAAUAUUUUUUGAUGAUCAAAACCACUCUGAUGAAGAUGAUCUAAACCACUAUGAUCUAAACCACUGGUAAUUGCUUGAGAAUGUUGAAUUGAUGUCUCAUCAUGUGUUUUUUUAAAUAAGAAUCCUUUGUUUCGUUGCACUUCAAUUCUCUUCAUUCUCGCAUCUAUUUUCAACUUGUAGAAUGUGCCAAUUCUAGGGUUCCUGCUUACAUUCCAAUCAUAGAAAAAAGGAAGGAUAUGCCAUUCACAGACCAGCAUGAGGCAUGGCAGCAAUUUGAUGCAUAGAAAAGAGGGCGUUAUGUUGAUUUCAAUCCAAAGGAAUGGAUCUAAAAUUAUUAGAAAAUGAUUGUCUUUGUAUCAUCAUCCCCCCUUCCCCGUUCCCUCUUUUCCCCUCUUUCUCCUGUUUCUCAAUGAGCGUUUUUUAUUGGAUGGUUAGAAGUUAGUGUUUGGUGUCUAGGACUUAUGUAAUCCUCCAUAAGUAAAAGGAGAUGAGGGUGUAAAUUUUAAAAUUAUGAGCGCAAUAUCUGUUGUAAGGACUGAGAAAAAUCUUCUAAUAAAAAAUACA